AUGUCGCCUAAAGAACCGGUCAACCAUGGAUUGCGACGACUCAACCUGGGUAUUGUUUUAAUGCUCUCGGCUUCUGCUACAGCAGGAUAUAAUGCUAGUCAGAUCAACAGCUUACUUGUUCUUCCUGAGUUCACAAAGUUUCUGAGUGAUCUCAGCUCUAGUGCAGAGGGUCUCGUCAUCGCUUCUGUAUCCCUCGGAGCAUUCCUUUCCUUCGUGCCGGCUGCCUAUACCGCCGAUAGAUUGGGUCGAAAGGCUUCAAUUCUCAUUGGGUCAAUCCUAUGCAUCCUCGCAUCCAUCCUACAGACCGCCGUCAAACACCCCUGGGUUUUCUUUGGAGCUCGCGUGGUGACCGGUGCUGGUGUGGCAUUUUCCCAGACAGCGGCGCCGCUGUUGAUCGCCGAAACGGCCUUUCCGAGUCAACGACCAACUCUCACCGGACUCUACAAUUCGGUCUGGUUCUGUGGAUCAAUCACCGCUGCAGCCAUUGCAUUUGGAACCUUGACAAUUCAAAACAGCUGGUCAUGGAGAGUCCCCUGUUUGUUGCAGGUGCUCUUUCCAAGCCUGCAACUCGUGGCGCUCUUGAUCAUGCCGGAGAGCCCGAGAUGGCUGGUCUCCAAGAAUAGACAGGGUGAGGCUCUCGCCAUGCUCACUCGGUACCACGGCAAUGGCGACAUUCAUGAUGAGAUGGUUCAGGAAGAAUACGACCAGAUUUGUGCCAGCAUCCACGCUGAAGCGGACCAGAAAGCGGCUUCAAAGUGGAGCGCGUUCUUCAAGACUCGCGGUGACAUCCAUCGCCUCACUAUCUGUAUCCUUUUGGGUUUCAUGCAAGAAUGGACAGGAAAUGGUGUCACUUCCUACUAUCUUCCGCCAAUCCUCGCGUCCGUUGGUAUUACAAAUGCCGUUCACGAAGCCGCCGUGAAUAUUAGCCUGCAGGUCUGGAACUUGAUCUUCGCGGUUUCGGGAGCAAGUCUUUCCAACAGACUCGGACGUCGAACCCUCUGGCUGAGUGCGACCACUCUGAUGACUAUCUUCCUCGCCACCGCCACUGUCAUGAGUGGUGUCUUUGCCGAAAUGCGCAUCAUUCAAGCGGGUAUCGCCGUCGUCCCCCUGCUAUUCUGUUUCAACGCCGCAUUCGACUUUGCCUACAUGCCCCUUUUCAUCGCAUACCCGGCGGAGAUCUUGCCGUUUCAGCUUCGCGCCAAGGGUCUCGCGGUCACUCUCACGACGGAUUCCUUGGCCUGCUUCUUCAAUCAAUACGUCAACCCGGUGGCCUUUUCGGCUCUUCGUUGGAGAUACUUCAGUAUCUACGUGGGUUGUCUGGUGGUCGUCUUCGCCCUGGUCUACUUCUUCUUCCCUGAGACCCAGGGACGGUCCCUGGAAGAGGUGGCACGGAUCUUUGAGACUCCACAGCUCAAGGGCCAAGAGGCCAACAUGAGCGACUCGGACGUCUCCAAAAGCUCAUUCGUGAUCAAGUACGAAGAAUAG